UACAUUUUACCUAUCUGUCUACCCGCCACCGACCUCGUCAAUAUAAUAAAAUCAUCAACAUCACACACAAAUAAAAAUAACCUACCCAAAAGAAAAAACCAAAAAGAAAUAAAAAAAAAAAAUUUCCUCCAACCCAGCCAGACUGUCAGCCAGCCAUCGUCUUUAUUCGUUUCGCUUUCAUAUUCGUAGUAUAUCGCAAAACUUCUUCCGCUUCUGACGUUCUUCAAUUUUUAUGUUAUACUCGCGUGAAGAAAAAAGAAAAUUCGCAACAAUUUUUUCAUUCAUAUAAAUCAUCUUCAUCAACGUGCGUGUGGAAGAAAAGGAAUUUUACAAUAAAUUAAAAUUAAAUAUCCCAAAUAUUUAAUAAAAUAUAAGAGUAAAACAAAACACCGGAAGUCGGUAUUAUUAUUUCCCCUAAAAUGAUGAAUUAAAGUGCUCUUUGCUCUACAUACCCAAAAAUAACAGUGAAAAAAAAUAAUAUAUAGAUAUAUCCUGUUACUGAAUGAAAAUGGUGUCACCACAAUCAAUGAAACAAGUGAAUUUAUUAAAACAGAAAAUUUCAUUUAACGAAAUUAGUUAAAAGCAAAAUAGAGAAGAAAAAAAAAAAAAACAGGAAGAUUUUUUUUUUUGACAAAAGGUGUCUGUCGAUUCCGUGUUCCGCCAGGAUUUUUUUUUUCCUUCUUCCGUUCAAGAGUUUUUUCCCUUCGUUCAUUUUUUUUUAUAUAAAAAAGUGUGCGUGUAGUGUGUGUAACCCCAACAUACAUAUUUUUUUUCUUAUUCUUGAAAAUAUAUGAAAAAAGACUGCUUGUCUCUCUCAUUUGCUUGCGCAAAUUAUACAAAAGAUAUUUGCUCUCUCUUUCUAAUCUAUAAAAAUGCAUUUAAAAAAGAAACGACAUAUAUCAGAUGAAAGAGAUGACAUUAAUAGUUAUGGAUUCAACAUGGCCGACGAUACACGCAAAGUACGAAUUGAGGAGCAAUUAAGAGUUAAAAUUGGUGAGGCAAAAAAUUUAAGCAGCCGAAAUAAUGGAGCUAGCAGCAGUUGUAGUGCAUCCGGUACACGAGAUGUCUAUUGUACGGUAGCACUUGAUCAAGAAGAAAUAUGCCGAACACCAACUAUCGAACGGACAUUGAGUCCAUUCUUUGGCGAGGAGUAUUAUUUCAAAAUUCCACGACGAUUCCGUUACCUUUCAGUCUAUGUCUGGGAUCGAGAUCGCCACUUAAAACAAGACAAACCAAUUGGCAAAAUCGCAAUCCGCCGUGAAGAAUUACACAUGUACAAUCAUAAAGAUCAUUGGUUUUCCCUACGACCAGUUGAUGCUGAUUCCGAAGUCCAAGGAAUGGCACGAGUGGAAUUACAAUUUGAAGACACUACUUACGAUCAUAUUGAUCUAAGUAGUGGGGGAAGCAGUGUUGGUGGAGGUGGUGGCAAUGAUUACAAAGAAAACAACGAUCUACACGGUCGUGAUAGUCAAAGAUCCAGUGUUAAAUCUAGAUCGAGCUAUUUCAGUGGACGCGGUAGAGUGGCAGUUAGAGUACACGAAUGUGUCGAAUUGGCUAAGAAAAAUGGAGCCUGUGACCCUUAUGUAGUCUUUACAGCUGUCUACUCUAACAAACGACAAAUCAUCAAAAGAACGAAAGCUCGCAAAAAAACUAUAAAUCCACAAUUUGACGAAAUUAUGCAUUUUGACCUGACCAUCGACUAUGACUCCAAACAUGAAUCCUCGAAUAAGGCAUACACAAUCUAUCCACUGGGUGGAGCAGAUCUCUGUGAGAUUUGUGUCACUUUAUGGCAUGACGCACCUGGCAUGAGUGAGAAGGUAUUCCUGGGAGAAGUGCGAAUACCGUUGCGCAACAAACAACAACAGGUAGCUGUGCAACCAAAUGCCUGGUAUUACCUGCAGCCGCGAGCGAGCCAGUCCAGACCGACCCGAACGUGUGCAACUCCGCCGGGCACUCGCCUCAGCUGUGAUAAUUCCAUAGGAUCUCUGCGCCUCAAUUUGGUCUACACCUACGAUCAUGUGUUCCCCCUAGCCACCUACGAUGGUCUAAUGAAUCUCCUACUGGAGAGCGUUGACCAACGACCAAUCACCACUAGCGCUGUUGCGAUUCUCGGUGAAGUGGUUACCUGCAAAACAGACGUUGCCGAACCUCUGGUUCGAUUGUUCACCUACACCGGACAGAUUGCAGCGAUCAUUAAAACACUUGCCGAUCAUGAGAUUUCAAAUCUAACAGAUCCAACGACGAUCUUUCGAGGGAAUACACUCGUCUCGAAGAUGAUGGACGAGGCAAUGCGUCUGUCAGGCCUGCAUUACUUACACAAUACCCUGCGUCCUGUUCUGGAGCAGAUACUCCAAGAAAAGAAACCCUGUGAAAUUGAUCCAGCGAAGGUGAAGGACAAAAGUGCAGUGGAUUAUAAUCUGAUUAAUCUGCAGGAAUAUGUGGAGAGGGUGUUUGAGGCAAUAACUAAGAGUGCGGUCAAGUGUCCAGCAGUGCUGUGUCAGAUAUUCCACGAUCUCAGAGAAUGUGCAGCCAAACAUUUUCCCUACAAUCGUGAGGUGCGCUAUUCUGUGGUAUCGGGUUUCAUAUUUUUGCGAUUCUUUGCUGCUGCGAUACUUGGGCCAAAGUUAUUUGAUCUCACCACAGAACCAGUGGAUUUUCAAACAAGUCGAACACUUACACUCAUAUCGAAGACAAUUCAAUCGCUUGGGAAUCUAGUGAGUUCAAGAUCAUCACAGAAACCAUGCAAGGAAGAAUACACCGGACAGUUGUAUAAGAAAUUCUGCACAGAAAAACAUGUUGAGGCUGUUAAGCAUUUUCUAGAAGUUAUAUCCACUGUUGGCGGUAGUACAUCUGCCGGUGGAGGACAGACUAUUCUCGAGCCAGUAUUACUCAAAGAAGGAAUGAUGACAAAACAUCCUCAAGGACGAAAACGUUUUGGUCGACGUCUACUUAAAAAUCGUUACUUUAAAUUAACAACACAUUCGCUUAGCUAUGCUAAAUCGAAGGGAAAGCCACCCAUCUGUGAUAUUCCAUUGUCUGAAAUUCUGGGAGUUGAACCAUUAACUGAGCGAAGCUUUAAAAUGCAAAACAGUUUUCAGAUUAUUCGCAAGGAUCGUUCAUUAUACGUUCAAACGACUAAUUGUGUUGAAGAAAAAGAAUGGAUUGAUCUGCUGAGCAAAAUUUGCCACACAAACUCAAAACGUUUGCAAAAUUUCCAUCCAUGUGCCUAUGUGAAUGGCAUUUGGAGUUGUUGCUCGCGCCGCGAUGAAAAUGCCGAAGGUUGUACUAAAGUAUCAAGUGAACCAUUCCAAAUGGAGUUGGCUACUGCUCUAGAUCCAGCUAGAGAUCUGCAGCGCUUACAAACUUUGAUUACCACACAUGUGGCACAUUUAAAAGCACGAAUGGAACCCAUAAUCAAUAAUCAUAGUCACACAAUCAACAAUCCCAUUAGCGAGGAGGAAUAUAAAAGUACCCGGAAUACAAUCCAUCAACUGCUGGAAAUCGCCUGCAGUCUUGAUGUUGUACAUCGAAACUACAGACAAGGAAUUGCCCGUGAACUCAAAUUGGGCAGUCGAAUGGCACCAAUUGGAGAUGACAAUUAUUUGCAUAUGAUGCGUGGUGGAUCAUUGCAACAAAUGCAACCAACGGAUAGUAGUUAUCAUCGUUCUUUGGUUUUGCUAUGUAAUCGUUAAAGAAAAAAACAAAACAACAAAAAAGGUUUAACCUUAGUUUUUAGUUUAAAUUACAUUUAAGUUUAAGUUUAAAACAAAUUAAGAGAAAAAUAGACCAACAUCAAAACAUACAAUAUGAAAAAAUGAGGAAAAUUAAGAGAGAGAGAGAGUGAACUAAAUUCUAAACUAUCUUAUAAGAAGGUGUAAGCUCACUUCAGUAACUUUUUUUUAUUGAGGUGAGCGAGCGUGUUUAGCUUUAAGUAUUUAUUAUUAUUUUUUAAUUUCAUUUUUUUUUCUUUUCUUUCUAUUUUUUUUAAUAAUUUUUUAUAAUAAUUGCGCUGUUCUUCCGUUAAAAAAAAAUUAACAAAACUGAAAAGAGAUGAUGAAUCUAAUCAAUCUCUUGGCUCUUUUUUGAAUCCAAAAUGCAUUCCAUUGUAAUAUAUAUUAUAUAAUUUUGUUUCUUCUUCUUUAUCUAUAUUGUGCUUCCUUUCAUCAUUUUUUAAGCUUUUCUAUCAUUUUCUUUUAAAUGUAACACAAAAAUUUAAUACAAAAAAUAUUUGCAAUUGUAGAUACUUAUGCAUAAGAACAAGUUAUGUAGAUUUUAUUUUGAAUCAUUAAUAUCACAUU